UGGUCGGUUCCAACCGGAAAAGAGAAUGUAGCGCGCGAGAGAGGCUGCUGUUGCUUAAACUACAGUUAGUGGAAUUUGAAAGUCCUCGAUUCAAAUAAGAAAAGAAAAACAUUUUGCAAUAAAAAAGCGACAAAUUAAGAAGGUAGACGUAAUUAUAUGUGUCACUGAGAAGAAACCGGAAUUAUUUUACAGUCACAAUGCCCAGAAGAAAGAGAGCAGCCGGGAGCAGUUCUGAUGGGACCGCAGACUCUGAUGACUCCACUGAGCACGAGAAGACCGACAGCUCACACAGCGAUGCAAAUCCACGCAGCAAUGCACGGUUAACCAGAGCUUCUGUCCGGCUUAGUCAGAGCUCGCAAGAUGUACCAGCAGACUUGAAGCAAAUAGCAGAGAGAGACGAAUCACCACCCAGGACUCCAACAGGCAACGCUCCCUCAUCCGAGUCUGACAUUGACAUCUCCAGUCCCAAUGCAUCCCACGAUGAAGGAGCAUCCAAAGACCACAAAGACUCAGGCAGCGAUCCAUCUCAUAGGCCAAAGCGCCGCCGUUUCCAUGAGAGCUAUAACUUUAACAUGAAAUGCCCUACACCUGGAUGCAACUCCUUGGGACAUUUAACCGGAAAGCACGAACGACACUUCUCCAUAUCCGGCUGUCCUCUUUACCAUAACCUAUCAGCUGACGAGUGCAAGGUGAAAGCUACAGAGCGGGAAAAACAAGACGAGGAAAGAAGUCAAACUCAGAAUGAGGAAAAUAGACAUGCAACACGGCACCAGGCUCCUACGGCAAGGCAAGUAAAAUAUAAGGAAAAGGUUCAAGAAUUGAGAAAGAAGAAGGAUUCUGGACUGUCAAAAGAGCAGAAAGAUAAGUACAUGGAACACAGGCAGACCCAUGGAACAAAUAGAGAGCCUCUGUUGGAGAACAUCACAAGUGAAUAUGAUCUUGAGCUGUUUAGAAAAGCCCAAGCAAGAGCAUCGGAAGAUCUGGUCAGACCACAAGAUAUGAUAAAGGAGAAGCUGCGCAUGCAAGGUCAAAUCACUGAAGGUAGUAACAUGAUAAAAAACAUUCUGUUUGGUCGCUACGAGCUGGACACCUGGUACCAUUCCCCUUACCCAGAAGAGUACGCUCGGCUUGGCCGUCUCUACGUCUGUGAGUUCUGCCUGAAGUACAUGAAGAGCCAGACCAUCCUACGCAGGCACAUGGCCAAAUGUGUGUGGAAACACCCUCCCGGAGACGAGGUUUACCGAAAAGGAGCCAUCUCAGUGUUCGAGGUGGAUGGGAAAAAAAACAAGAUCUAUUGCCAGAACCUGUGUUUGCUGGCUAAGCUGUUUCUGGACCAUAAGACUCUGUACUAUGAUGUUGAGCCCUUCCUCUUUUAUGUCAUGACGGAGGCUGACAACACAGGAUGCCAUCUUGUGGGAUAUUUUUCAAAGGAGAAAAACUCCUUCCUGAACUACAAUGUGUCCUGCAUUCUCACCAUGCCACAAUACAUGAGACAAGGCUAUGGCAAGAUGCUGAUUGAUUUUAGUUAUCUGCUGUCGAAGGUGGAGGAGAAGGUGGGGUCCCCUGAAAGGCCGCUUUCUGACUUGGGCCUCAUCAGCUACCGCAGCUACUGGAAGGAAGUCCUGCUGCGCUACAUGUACAACUUUCAGGGCAAAGAGAUCUCCAUUAAAGAAAUCAGCCAAGAGACCGCUGUGAACCCAGUGGACAUCGUCAGCACUCUGCAGUCUCUACAGAUGCUGAAGUACUGGAAGGGGAAACACUUGGUUCUAAAGCGACAGGACCUGAUAGAUGAUUGGAAAGCGAAAGAGACCAAACGAGGCACCAGCAACAGGACCAUUGACCCCAGUUCACUGAAAUGGACCCCUCCCAAAGGAACCUAAGAAGUCCAACCGACUAGCCUUUUUCUCCAAUCUCAGUCUUUGAUGCACUUCAGCAUCUUUUCCAAUGAAUUCACAGCGUUCAUUGUCUUUUUGGUCUCUGUGUGGCCUUUGUACUUCUAUCCCUGCAGUGAUUUAUUAUUAUUAUUGUUUUUGUUCUUGUGCAGCUGUAAUUAUAAUACAGAUCGUCUCUUUUAAGCUUCAAUUUCAGCGUUUCAAAGGAUGACAUUUGACAUUGAGAAGAUACACCCACUGCUCAGAGUGUUUAUUUCCUUCACACCACAAUAUUCAAAUCUCCUGGCCUUGAUAAACCGGCUCAGUUCUUAGGGAACUAAACUUUACAUUAAGGUAAAAAUCGGGUUGGGCCAGUCACUUUCAAAGCAUACGCAUCACUACAAAGUAUUUCUGCAGCUCUCACACCCAGGUCUGAUGAAGGCUUUGAUAAUUAACUGAAUAUUUCAGUCGUGUUUUUAUAUAACUGAUGACACACUGUUCUGACAGCUAUACAUUACGGGUGCCUCCCUCGACGGGAAUUCGACACCUAUGUUAUAGGUUGACUAACUGCACUAGGUUAAAUGCCAAUUUCAGUAGAAUUACCAUGCAAGCAGUAAUUUAAUUUUUAUUUUCUCAGUAAGCUCACUGCAUUUUUUUUUCAUUUCUUAUAUAUAAGUCUUGCUCAAAUCUCAAAUUAAAGAAACAUUGAAAAGUGCAAA